UCCCGGAGAGGAGUCAGAGACCUGAACCUCACACUCACUCAUUGAUCCUCCUUUGAGUGUGAGGAGCUGGAGAAGGGCAGACCCUCUCUCUCUCUCUCACACACACACACACACACACACACAGCAGGCUGUGAGCAGGGAUGGUAGCGGAGGAGAUUGUGGUGUCCCUCUCAGGUGGAGCCCCGUGGGGCUUCAGACUGCAGGGAGGAGCAGAGCAGCAAAAACCUCUACAGGUGGCCAAGGUACGCAGGCGCAGCAAAGCCUGCAGAGCUGGACUGAAGGAGUAUGACGAGCUGGUUGCCAUCGGCCAGCAGUUGUGUGCCGAGCUCAGUCAUGCUGAAGCCAUGAACCUCAUAGAUGCACAGAAUGCCACGCUCAGCCUGAGGGUGAAAAGGGCCCCGUCUGGGCUCCACUCCUCGUCUUACUCUGGUCGCUCUGCGUCGCCCCGCUCCUCCACCAGGGUCCUGUCUCCAACCGCGGCCCCCUUGUCCUCCCAUCGCUCCUCCCUCCUCUCCCCCACCGGGAUAACCAGGGGCAUCACUUCCCCUCCAGACAGCGAGGCGUACUACGGGGAGACGGACAGCGACGCGGACACACAGUUGCACACGCAGCGACGUCAACGCCGCACGCCUCCUCACGCACGCUCACCUGCUCGCUAUGACAACCAAGAGGAGGAGGAGACCUCAGAGAUGAGCGGGUAUGAGAGCGCCACAGAUGCAGGGCUCUCCACGCAGGGCCAGUGGGAGGCUCAGUGUCUCCCUGGCGUCCCUCGCAGAGAGCUCAUCUACCAGCCCCUCCAGGCCGAGUGGACCACUCCAGAACACACCCCGCACACUCUGACCCCUCACACACUCACACCAACCCCAGACCAGGGGCUGGUGGAAGCCGAGGGAGAGGGGGACAGCGGCUUCCAGGAGGUGGCGGGCUGCAUUGGGCUCCCCUGCCCGCCGCUUGUGUCUCCUGAGCGGGCGAAAGAGGCUCUGAUGUUGAGUAAACAUCUGGUGCCCAUGGUGGGACCACAGCUGACCCCUGUGAGCGACGAGCUCUCCACCACUUACAUGGACAAAGCACGGCAAGCCAGGUCAGAUCUAAGUGGACACACAGUCCCACAAGUCGUGUACGCAGAGUUGCAGCGUGGGGAGAGUGUGGUGGAGAAACAGGUGAAGGAGGCUCGUACCAAAUGCCGCUCUAUUGCGUCGUUGCUGACUGAUGCUCCCAACCCCAACUCGAAAGGGGUGCUUAUGUUCAAGAAACGCCGGCAGAGGGCCAAGAAGUACACGCUGACCUGCUUUGGCAAAGCUGAGGGAGAUAGAGGAGGGGAGACAGAAGGAGAGACAGGAGGGGAGACAGAGGAGGAAGGAGGGAGCUCUUUCCUUAGUGGCUCAGAAGUUGACGAAGAGGGAUUCUCAGCAUCAUUUGACCCUACGUGGGAUACCGGUUAUCUAGACCUGCUGGACAGGAGAAGCUCUGCCUGCCCGUCAACCACACCUACUACUCCAACAACGCCUACAACCAAUCACAAUUUAGGGCUGGACAUCUCAGCCUAUCAGACUCCAGGCCUUGGGACCUCUGUCAAUCAAAGCCCAGGGUUGGAGGUCUCAGGGCAGGAAAGCUCAGCCUAUCAGGGCUCAAGGCUGGACAGCAGCAUCACGAAGCAGCCAAUCAGUAACUACCCUGCGCACAUGUCUCCUCCAGCUGUUGCCUUGACCAAUGGGGGGUCGGUAGCUGUAAGUCGGGCUAGUGUUGUUCUGAGCCCGCCCUCUCAGACACCCCUUCUGAGCCAAAACGGGCAGAAUGGCAUGCUAAAUUCUAGUUCCAACCCUGAUCUGAGCCCGAUCACAAACUCAGAUCAUCACAUGAACGCCAGCCUCAGUCCUAAUCAAGGGGUUCUGAACCGCACCGCACGGCCCUUCACCCCAGGCCCUUCAUCUUCUCGUGCAUCUGUAACCUCUGUGAUGUUUCGCCCUCCCCAACCCAAACCCACAGCCGUGACCAUGGUGACUAUCCAGCCUACUCGCCAUCCAUCAGGGCCUGAUGCGAGGAGAGCCGUGUCUAGCACCUCUCUGUACAUCCCUCCAAGAAAUAACACCAGCAACACUCCCCCCUCUGUUAACUCUCCCCCAUCAGCUCUCUCCCCACCAUCCUCUCUGUCCUCUGCACCUUUUGUCCAGCCUGCUGCAAAUCCGCCAACAUUUUACCAUCAGCCUGCAGUGCACGCUUCCCCCUCCACCCAGUUCUCUCCUCCUGCAGCUCAAAAUACCCUGGUGUAUCCAUCACCUGCUCAACCCUUCUCCCCUCCAGCUUCACAGCCAUUUCCCUCUCAUCCUGCUCCUACUUAUCCACCUCCCUCCACCUACAUUUCUCCCAUCUCCCCUCCCCAUCCCCCAGAUUUUACUCAAGCUUCCUUCCAUACCCAACCGAUCCCUCCAGCUCAUCCUCCACCUCCCCCUGCCCAACCUUCUCCAUCUCCAUCUCCAUCUGCCCACCCUUACAUCAACAUGACAGGUGCAGAGACUCCUGGUCCGCAUACUGCCAUGGCAUAUGCCUCACCUCCCCAGCCUACAGCCUCCGAUUCACUGGUGACACGUGAGCAGCGCAUCUCAGUCCCAGCCGCUCGCACCGGCAUCCUGCAAGAUGCCCGUCGUCGCAGCAGCAAGAAACCGAUGUUCUGUGCAGUCCAGAAUAAAGAUGUUAAUCCAAACCCGGACUUAAUGUCGAUGGUCCAGAACAUGGAUGACCGAUUUGUGAGAGCUGCACCCAGUGGGGAGACCGGACAUGAGUCAGGGCCUGAGGAGGACUGGCUGAGGUUGGGAGCAGAGGCCUGCAACUUCUUGCAGGCUCAGCGGGGACCUAGGCCACCUCCUGUAGCUCCGAAACCACAAGCUUCUCCAGUGCCACAACUGGCGGGGAAGGGAGGUCAGCUGUUCGCCCGCAGGCAGAACAGAAUGGAUCGGUACAUUGUGGAGCGAGCCCCCUCUGUUGCUGCAGCACCUUACUCCCCCGCCCAGACGAGGGAGCCCUCACCCACGCCUUCUCUUCCUGCCACCUGGAAAUACUCGUCCAACAUCCGUGCUCCUCCUCCCAUCAGCUACAACCCACUUCUCUCUCCCUCCUGCCCUCCAAAAGCCCAGAAGAAGCCUGAGGUGGCAAAGUCUUCACCAGCUGGAUCUAAAGGGCACAAAGCGGGCAUCAAGCCUGUGGACAUUAUGAGCCACCAGCCCUACCAGCUCAACUCUUCUCUGUUCAGCUAUGGGGGUGGGGUUCCCCAGGACACUUCCACCUAUCAGCAGCAGCAGCAGCAACAGCAGCAGCGGGGUCCUCAGAAGACAGCACGAGUAUAUGAAGUGAAGCGCUUCUCUACACCCCCACCGACAUCCACAGGGCCUGCCCUCAAAGUCAUUGUACCUCGAUCAGCCACGACACUUGGAGAACCCCUGUGGCGCUCUGAAGUCACAUCCCCUCCACCUAACCCCACCCCCUUCCAACCCUUUCAAUCUCAACCCCAUCCUCACCAACCUCAGUGGGCCACCUCCCCACUGUCUCCCCAACCUCCCCCUGCUCCUACUGCUCCACUCCCUCAGCUCCCCACCUUCUCCUCUGCUCCUGCUCCACACCAAGUCCAGUCCCCUACUUUCUCCCACUUUCAGGCCCCCAGCAGUGCCCAGUCCAACAGGCAGUUUAAGAGCGCCCCAGAUCUGAGUCCUCUGAACCCUGCUGGUGCCUCUCGGCCGGCUUCAAGCAGCACUCAGCCUCCCAGGGUGCCCCGGCCCAGGUUCAGCACUUCCAACCUGGGUUUGCAGCCUUGUGUUUGGCGCCCUGGAUCCAGCACACACUGAACAGACACAAACCACGGCUCUAUUGGAACAUAGAGCAACAUUUUCGUAAUAAAUCCAUGUGUUUUUAGUUUUGCAAUAUUGUUAUUCAAGCUUGCAGCUUGGGGUUUUAUCAGCCACGAUUGUUCACAAGAUCUGCUUGAAUCGGCCGCCCACGUAGCACAUGUUAUCACUUGCUUUUAAUCUUUGGUUGUAGUUAAAGGGAACACCGUGUUUUGCAAAGGAAACCUGAGAGAAGUUUAAAAAAGGAGCUGAACAGCAGAUAGGAAAGGAUAGAAAGACAUGUGGGAGGAAACUGAAAUAAAGCUCUGUAAAUAUUGUACUGAUUGAUGAAAAAUUAAGUUUAAAGUCAGAAAAGAAGAAUAGAGGACGUGAAAAGACAAGACUGUCGUAAGAGAGAUGUAGCCGAUGAUAGGAAAAGGUCAACAGGAAAGCACAGGAAGCACUGAUGAAGUUUCAUGUUUAACUUCACAAUCGUUUUGUUUGUUUCUUGAUUUUAGGUUGCCAGCUUUACACAUGGACAGGGACUACAGAUGAAAAUUAGCAUUUUGGCAAAUUUUCAUGACAGUUAAGUUCAUGAACACACACUGUCCCUGAGAAAUAAACUGACUAAAUACAUUUUUAAAGAAUCUGUAAACACUAUACAGUACAUAUUGCCAUUGUGCUAUAUCAUAUUAGAAAUGUUGCUUACUUUGAAUUUAAAGCUGCUGUAAGUGUUGUUGUCAUUUUAGUGUUGUUAGCAAGCCCCUCCCUCCUCUCUACAUAACCACACUUGCAAAACUCUUGGUCGGAGAAGUCUGGAUCCUGCUAACCUGUGUGUUGCCUGAGCAGACAGACCACCUCUUUAUGGAGCUUUCUGUCCUGAUUGGAUAAAGUGGGCAGGGAUAUGGGAACAUUUCUUUUCUCUUUUACUGGCGGAGGAAAGACAUCGGUUACUGACUAAACAUUAAGGGAAAACUGUUGUAAUCAAGAGCUAUUUAACAAUUAUUUUGAUUCUUAAAAAUAGCGCUUACAGCAGCUUUAAAGUAGCUACAACUAGUUCCUCCUCUGAUAAAGUAUAUAUUCUAAAUAUUUGUGUUUGAUGAUUCUGAGUGCCUUUUUUAGUUGCACUCCGCAGCAGUGUGUGCUUUGUUUUGUGUAGAUUUUCAUGAAGGCCCACGAAGCAGGGAAGCCUUUUACAGUGCACUUGUACACUUCUGAUCUGUUGAUAUGAAACAGGAGAGGUAUAACGCGUCUGUUUAGCUGUGAUUCUUUUCCACAGAGACUGGGAGACUGAAUAAAAAUAGACAUGAGUCACA